UCAGUGAAAAUUAAUUUUUUUAAAAUAGUUAGAUUGGCACUGUGAAAGGGUUGGACUCUUGCUUAUUCCUAGCAGCUAAGUGUAGCCCUGAUGAGGUUGGGCCGAAGGCCUAUUGGCGUUCCAGCUUUCAUUUUCACACCCAAUACUUUUGAACAAGUUCCCUUCAGCUUUCAUUUGGAGACCAAGUAUUGUCUUUUUCAGAUAUUUAAUUCAUCCUACAUAUAAGAUUUUGAUUGGUUGGAGGUGAAGUGUUCUGCAUUAUGGCUACUUCUCCAUGUUCUUAAUGUAUGAUAGUUUAGUAGCAGAGAGUUCAUUCACAACUGAGUCUUCUGAGACUUGCAAGGGGGUCUAAGUCUCAGGAAAUUGGUUUAUAGAAGCCAUGGUAUCAGUUAUAAAAGCUUUCUGUGUAUCACCUUACAUAGUUUUGAACUCAGAGUAUAAGUCACGGUUUCGAGUUCGAGCUGAGAGUUUAGGCAGUGGGGAUUCAGUGGUGUUGUCCACGGAUUCUGUCAGAGUCAAUGGAGUUUCUUCUGUUGGGGGGAAAGAGAGAAUUGGGUCUUUGGUUGAUUUGGGGAAUGGCAAGUUGAGUUCAACUGCUGGUGUGAAUGAGAAGGGGGAGGAUGUUGUUUUGGAAAAACUGGAAGUGUUGUGGGAUGAUGGGUAUGGGAGUAAGACAGUGAAGGAUUAUCUUGAUAAUGCCAAAGACAUGAUUAAGCCAGAUGGCGGGCCGCCUCGGUGGUUCUGCCCGGUUGAGUGCGGACGUCCCUUAAAAGAUUCGCCUGUCCUUUUGUUUUUGCCUGGAAUGGAUGGUCUUGGAUUGGGUCUUAUUUUGCACCACAAAGCUCUGGGGAAAGCUUUUGAAGCUCGAUGCCUGCAUAUUCCUGUUUAUGACCGAACACCAUUUGAAGAUUUGGUGAAAUUUGUUGGAGAAACAGUGAGGCUUGAGCAUGUUUCCUCUCCAAAUAAGCCAAUAUAUCUGGUGGGCGAUUCCUUUGGGGGAUGCCUAGCACUUGCUGUCGCUGCUCAUAAUCCUACCAUCGAUCUGGUAGUAGUAUUAGCCAAUCCAGCAACUUCUUUUGGCAGGUCACAGCUGCAACCUUUGUUUCCCCUGUUGGAGGCUUUGCCCGAUGGACUUCAUAUGACAGUUCCUUACCUCCUUAGCUUUGUUAUGGGUGAUCCUGUGAAGAUGGCAACAGUCAACAUUGACAGUACUCUUCCUCCUGCUGUAGCCCUUGAACAAUUGUCUGGCAAUCUCACUGCUUUGCUUCCUCGUCUUUCUAGCAUGGCUGAUAUUCUCCCAAAGGACUCUCUUCUUUGGAAGCUGAAGUUGCUUAAAUCAGCUGCUUCUUAUGCUAAUUCUCGUCUUCAUGCCGUUACAGCUGAAGUACUUGUGCUUGCUAGUGGCAAGGAUAACAUGCUUCCUAGCGGAGAUGAAGCAAAAAGACUGUUGAGGUCAUUGCGAAAUUGCAAGAUUCAUAUUUUUAAAGACAAUGGGCAUACUAUUCUGUUGGAAGAUGGUGUUAAUCUAUUGACUGUCAUUAAAGGUACUUGCAAAUACCGGCAUUCACGUAGGCAUGAUUUCGUCAAGGAUUUUUUGCCUCCAAGUAGGUCAGAAUUCAAACAGACACUUGCAGAUAAUAGAUUGUAUCGCUUUGUUACCAGUCCAGUUAUGUUCUCCACUUUGGAAGACGGAAAAAUAGUGAGAGGUCUUGCGGGGGUUCCAGGUGAAGGUCCUGUCUUAUUAGUUGGUUAUCACAUGUUGCUAGGACUCGAGCUUGUUCCACUUGUUGAAGAGUUCCUGAGGGAGAAGAAUGUUUUGGUUCGUGGAAUGGCACACCCUCUUUUGUUUACACCAAAGUCUGAAAGUCAGUCGAAGGAAUUUUCCUUCUUUGAUAUGUUAAAAGUGUAUGGUGCAAUACCUGUUGGAGCAAGCAACCUUUUCAAAUUACUCUCUGUAAAAUCACAUAUACUGCUUUAUCCUGGCGGUGCCCGUGAAGCUCUCCACCAUAAGGGGGAAGCGUAUAAGUUGUUUUGGCCUGAUCAACCCGAAUUUGUGAGGAUGGCAGCAAGGUUUGGAGCUACAAUUGUACCAUUUGGUGCUAUUGGUGAAGACGACUUAGCAGAAUUAGUUGUUGAUUACAAUGAUUUGAUGAGAAUCCCUGGGGUGAAUGACUAUGUUAGGAAAUCUAAUCAAGACGGAGCUAGGUUGAGGACCGAAAUGGAUGGGGAGAUUGCUAAGCAAGAGUUCUACCCUCCGGGUCUUCUGCCCAAGAUUCCCGGUCGUUUUUACUAUCUGUUUGGGAAACCAAUACAGACAAAGGGGAGGGAACUGAUGCUCAAAGACAAAGAAAAUGCGAGAGAAUUGUACUUGCAGAUAAAAUCCGAGGUUGAGCAGAAUAUCGCCUUCUUGAUCAAGAAGCGAGAAGAGGACCCUUACCGGAGCAUUGUUGACAGAACUGUGUAUCAAGCAACUUCCGCGGCCAUGCAUAACGUUCCGACGUUUGAACCCUGAAAGAACGACGCGUGUAAACAAAUUACUACAUUUUUUGCCUUGAUAAAUGCGAUAAGUUUUUCAA